AUGUUAUCCGCUCUUUUCCUCGCCGCCGCGGCUCCCGCGUUGGCCAGCGCCUUCGACCUCGGCGCCGACGCCACCACCCCAGAUGGCCUCAUCCGCUUCCCCCUCACAGUGAGCACCGGCGCGCCCGUCGUAAAGGGCGUGACCAAGCGACAGAACGAAGUUGCUCUCGAGAGCCAGCAGAACGGUUUCUUCUACAGCAUCGACGUCACCCUGGGAACACCCGGACAAAAGGUCACGGUCAACCUGGAUACAGGUUCUGCGGAGCUUUGGGUCAACCCCGUGUGCGAAAAGGCGCAGCAGCCCUCGUUUUGCUCGACGUUUGGACAUUUUGGCGAGAGUAGCACUUUCGUCAACUUGGACACGACCGGUGGUGUUGUUUACGGUACCGGUUAUGCGUACUGGAACUAUGGCUACGAUAACAUCGUUGUUGGAGCCGCCAGCAUUCGCAACCAGGUUUUUGGUGUCGCGUAUGACAGCUCUUUUACCAGCGUUGGCAUCAUGGGCGCUGGUCCUGACCUGAACGGUUGGGAUGCGCCGUAUCCUCUGGUCAUCGACAGCAUGGUCAAGCAAGGCCUUAUCAAGAGCCGAGCCCUCAGUCUCGACAUCCGCACUAUGAACAGCGAUCGCGGUGCUGUUAUCUUUGGUGGAAUUGACACCCGCAAGUACUCCGGCCAUUUGGAGAAGCGCCCCAUCAUCCCCGCCUCGUCAUCCCCCGAUGGCCUCACCCGCUACUGGGUCUACCUCGACGGCAUCAGCAUCAUCCAAGACGACGGCUCCACAGACGCCAUCUACUCGCAGACCAACGGCCAGCCCGUCCUCCUCGACAGCGGCUACACCGUGAGCGCCCUCCCCGGCGCCAUCUUCAACAAGAUCGUCGCGGCCUUCCCCACCGCAAAGAAGGGCCUCGGCGCCUACGUCGACGUGGACUGCGACGUCGCCGACCUCAAGGGCAGCAUCGACUUCAAGUUCGGCAACACCGUCAUCAAGGUCCCCUACGCCGACUUCAUCUGGCACAACGACGACCGCUGCGUGCUGGGCGUCUUCCAGGACGACGAGUUCCCCGUUCUCGGCGACACUUUCCUCCGCGCUGCUUACGUUGUGUACGAUUGGGACAACAGAAAUGUCUGGCUCGCCAACAACGAGGACUGUGGUACUAACCUUGUCGCUAUCGGCUCUGGCCCUAAUGCUGUGCCUGAUCUGGUUGGUGAGUGUGGCUCGGGCAACACCCAGACUUCCGAGGCACCCACCUCCACCGAGACUGCUUCUGAGUCUGUUACCGAAUCUGUCUCUUCUGCCGAGACCACCUCUGCCGAUGUUACUGCCUCUUCUGAUAGUGACCGUCCCUACCCUACUGCUACCCGUUACACCAACAGCACGGUCAUCAACACAAAGACUUCUGGCUCUCACGGAGGAUCUACUGGAGGAUCUGGCCAGACCUAUGUUCUCCCCACCACUGCAGUCCCCUCUACCACGAUCACCUCCACAGUCACCACCAGCACGGUCUACACUAUCACCGCCUGCCCCCCCAGCGUCACCAACUGCCCUGUCGGACAAGUCACCACCGAGACCAGAACCCAUCUCACCACCUACUGCCCCGGCAGCGACGCCACCGGCACCGGCCACCCUGCUCCCGCACCUACCAAGGGCCCUGUCCGAACCGUCGUCACCUCCACCCUCCUGCACACCGUCACCGAUUGCCCCGGCUCCGGGCCCUGCAAGGGAGGCGUUGUGUCCACCGAGAUCGUGUACAACACGCAGAUCAUGCACCCCGAGCAGCCCACUGGCGUCUUCACCAUUCCCCAGGCUAUUCACUGCGGUGCUGGCAACUUUGGCUGCAAGGAGGCUACCACUUUCGGUUACAAGACCUUCACCAUGACCUCAGUCGUCCAAGCCCCCAAGCCUACGCCUGUUCCCGGCUUCUGCAAGAACUGCGGUCCUCCUAGCCCCAGCCAGCAUCACGGCAACGGUACCUACCCUGGCGGCUACACUAUCACCAGCACGGCGCGUGGACACACUUUCACCAACACGCACACCGGCUACGCUGAGCCUACUAACGGUGAUGCUAAACCUACCAAGGACCAUGCUUCAUACCCUCAGCCAACACCCGGCUCUCCCAAGCCCGCCUCUCACUCCGGCAACCCUCUCGAGGAGCUACACACCUACAUCCCCACAAACGUCUACGCCCAGAUCCCCUCCAACACCGUCGCCACCGUCAUCAAGACCCCCGGCGUCUCGCCCUCUGAGCCCACAGGGACCAGCCCUGUUGUCAUCAACGGCGCAUCAGCAUGGAACAUCCCCGUGCUUGCUGCUGCUGUGGUCGGUGCUUUUGUUGCUGCUCUGUAG